UCCAUGUUCUUUGUGGAGUUCCAGCUGCACUUUGAGAAGGAUUAUGCCACCACCGCCUGGAUCCACAGUCUGAUCGACUCCACCACCAUGCUCUGUGCUCCUCUCGGUGGUUUCCUUACAAACCGAUUCUCCUGCAGAUUUACAGUGAUCCUGGGAGGUCUUCUGUCUGCUUCUGGUCUGGUCCUCAGCUCCUUUGCUACCAGUCUGGAAUAUCUGUACAUCUCCUUGGGCAUCCUAACAGGUCUUGGCUACGCUCUCACUUACACACCAUCUAUAGCGAUGGUGGGGAGGUACUUCAAUGAGAGGAAAGCUCUGGCCUAUGGCAUCGCAAUGUCUGGGAUUGGCAUCGGGACCUUCAUCAUGGCUCCUGCAGUCCAGCUGCUGAUAGAACAUUAUUCCUGGAGAGGAGCUCUGCUCAUCCUGGGAGGGUUUGUUUCCAACCUGUGUGUCUGUGGUGCUCUGAUGAGGCCGCUGGAACCAACAAGAAGUAAAAGGAUAUGGGAGAACAACAUGGCACAUGUGGAGGAAGACUGCAUGACAACAGUGCUGGAUUCCAAAGACACUGAGGAAGCGCCUGCUGAAUGCAGUCUAGUGGAGGAAAAGCAGCUGGAACUGAACAACUUAAUGGAUACUCAAAGGAUGCUCAUAGCCAAUGGAGCACUUAAAAACUCUGACCUUGAAAACAACAAACUGGGCCGGGGGAAUAUAGUGCUGCUACCAAAUUCGUGCCUGCCUGAUUCAAAUUUAAAAGAGCUGAAGAUAUCUGAGUGCAUAUUAUUUAGCAACAAGCUAACAGAAAUGCUAGAGGAGAUCAAACUCUCAGAUCCUAGACUAGAAAAUGGUAGCACAAACGAGGACUUGGAAAUGGUCGAAAGCAAGAACUUCCACAACAAGGCAGCUAACGUGGACGCUAAGAUAGAAGACUCAGGACUCACAGAAGCCAAACCAAUAGAUGACUAUCACUUAGAUCAAAGCCCUCCUCCUGAGCCUUUAGUGAGCACUGAGACUUCAACCAGAGGACGCUGGUUUCGUCUCAAGUCAAGGGAGGGGAUUGGUUUUCUCAUGAUACCAGACUUUGUGUUUCUGUCUGUGUCCUUCCUGUUUCUGGCUUAUGGCUGCAGCGCUCCAGUAGUUUACCUGGUCCCUUACGCCCUCAGCGUGGGACUGGAGCACCAGCAGGCUGCCUUACUUAUGUCCAUAUUUGGAGUCAGCGCCAUUGUGGGCAACAUCACCUUUGGAUGGCUCACGGACAGAGAGUGUCUGAAGAGGUAUCGCUUGCUGAGCUACAUGUUGGCGAUAGGCAUGGAGGGCCUCUGCUGCAUGUUUGUCCACCUCCUUCACUCCUUCUCCCUCUUGGCCACAUUUUCUGCACUCUACGGGUACUUUGACGGGGCGUAUGUGGCACUCAUCCCAGUGGUGACCUCUGAUAUCGUCGGCUCCACCUACCUGACCUCCGCUUUGGGUGUGGUCUACUUCCUGCAUGCCAUCCCCUACCUGAUUAGCCCACCAAUAGGAGGUUGGUUAGUAGACAUGACCGGAAACUACGCAGCAACCUUCUUUCUCAGCGGGGCUUCCUUCAUGUGUAGCUCUGUGGUCCUAGCAGCUGCCAUGUUGGUCAGACACUUCAGGAGGUCCAAGUCUAACUCAGCUGCAUGCUCAAGUCCCAGUCACACUGCUGCUGCAGCUCAGCAGAGCAUCAUAUGACACUAAUCAAGAUGCUGCUCCUCCAAUUGCACGGAUGUGCAUCUUACCACUGCUGGUAUGUUCAGGUGAUAUUUUGGUGUGCAUCAUACACUGCUAAUUGGACCUCAAGUCCCUGUGACUGGGACACAACAAGAUCUUAUAGUAUUAGUUACAAACUGGAUUGGUGCUCAUAUUUAAGCCAUUUGUAAAGAAUGUGUGGUUUCUUACAGUGACCAUCACCCCUCUGUGAUUAUGACAACCAUAUAAAAAAACAUUCACUUAAAACAUUCACUUGGGCUGAUCAUGACACUUGACAAGAACGUAAAUAUGAUAGCUUUGUUAAAUAAAGAAAA